UUUAAGUAUGUAGUUCUAGAUUUUGCCGACAAAGUUAAAAGAGCCUUGCUGUCUCUUGUAAAUGAAAACUACGCAAAGAUGGGUCGUAUGCACGCACCAGGAAAAGGUAUAUCGCAAUCAGCGCUACCUUACAGACGUAGCGUCCCUACGUGGCUGAAGUUAACUCCAGAGGACUGUAAGGAAUUAAUUUAUAAAUUAGCUAAAAAAGGGCACACUCCGUCACAAAUUGGUGUAAUUCUUCGAGAUUCCCAUGGAGUUGCACAAGUGCGUUUCCGUACUGGAAAUAAAAUUCUGAGGAUUGUCAAAAGUAUGGGUCUCGCACCAGAUUUACCUGAAGAUUUAUAUUAUUUGAUUAAAAAAGCAGUAGCCAUCAGAAAACACUUAGAGAGGAAUCGAAAAGAUAAGGACAGUAAAUUUAGAUUAAUUCUUGUGGAGUCUAGAAUUCAUAGACUCGCACGUUAUUAUAAGUCAAAAGGAACUCUUCCAGCAAACUGGAAAUACGAAAGUUCCACAGCCAGCGCAUUAGUUGCGUAAUUAUUUUUAUGCAUCUUUUAACAAAAUAAAGCUUCAAAUAUAAAUUAU